AUGAAAAAAGAUGGCGUUGGAAAAAGUACACUUAUUACAUCGCUUAUUAGAGAAACUUUUGUUCCAAAUAUUCAGCAUGUUGUCCCAGAAGUAACAAUCCCACCAGAAGUCACACCGGAAAAGGUUAUAACACAUAUAGUAGAUUCAUCAUCACGAUCUGAAAAUCGUGAUCAGCUAGAGAAUGAAAUCAAGAAAGCUCAUGUGAUAUGUAUUGUGUAUUCAAUUGAAAAUACACAUACAUUUAGUCGAUUAGCUUCUUAUUGGUUACCUUAUAUACGAAGUCUUGGUGUAAAUGUUCCGGUGGUGCUGGUUGGUAAUAAGAUUGAUCUUCGAGGUGACCAAGUAACAAAUCAAUCAUUAGAAGAAGAAAUAAUACCGAUAAUGAAUGAAUUCAAGCCAUUAAAUGUAUCAGAAGUUUUUUAUUUUGCACAAAAAGCAGUUCUUCAUCCAACGGCGCCUUUAUAUGAUUCAAGAGAACAUGUGUUAAGACCAGCAUGUAUAGAUGCUCUCAAAAGAAUUUUUUCUUUAUGCGAUACUGAUAAAGACGGUACACUUAAUGAUAACGAAUUAAAUGAAUUUCAGAGGAAAUGUUUCAAUGCACCAUUAAAACAACAAGAACUUGCGGGUGUGAAAGAAGUAGUUAGAGAACAUGAACCAGCGGGUGUUAACGAUAUAGGAUUAACGGAACUUGGAUUUUUAUUUUUACAUACACUGUUUAUCCAACGUGGUCGAUUGGAAACAACUUGGGCUGUGCUAAGAAAAUUUGGAUAUGGUGAUGAUUUGAUGUUAAGAGAAGAUUUUCUGUUUCCACACAUCGAUGUUCCUUGUGAUUGUUCAGCAGAAUUAAGUCCUAAAGGUUAUCAAUUUUUCGCCGAUAUAUUUCAACUUUUUGACAAAGAUAAUGAUGGAGCUUUGAAAAAUGAUGAAUUAUUUGAAUUGUUUAGUACUUCACCUGCAAACCCUUGGACAUACACCGGUUUUCCAAAUACUACAAUAACAAAUGAAGCAGGUGCUGUCACAUUACAAGGGUGGUUGGCACAAUGGAGCAUGACAACAUUACUAGAUCAUACAACCACGUUAUCGUAUUUAGCUUAUUUGGGAUUUGAAGGUGAUACUAGGAAGGCGUUGAAAGUUACGAGACCAAGGAAGUUGGAUAGGAAAGCGAAUAAGGUUCAAAGAAAUGUUUUUUUAGUGUAUGUUCUUGGUGCAGCAGGUUCUGGUAAGACAUCACUGUUGAGAGCUUUUGUAAAUAAAGAAUUCGUGCAAGAACAUUCAUCUACCACAAGAACUUUCAAUGUUGUAAAUUCAGUUGAAAUCAAAGGGUCAGAAAAAUAUUUAGUGCUGCAAGAAUUUGGAUCAAGAUAUGAAGCAGAAAUACUACAAAAUAAACGUAAAUUAGAUAAUUGUGAUUUACUAUGUUUUGUUUAUGAUUCAAAUAACGCUGAUUCAUUUUCAUAUAUUGUUGAAUUGAGAAUUCAACCAGACGUUUAUUGUCGUAGUCUUGGACUGGCGCCACCAAUCAAUGUUUCAGUAAAGAAACAUUAUCAAGUAGCAGAUUUAUGGAAUUUAUUAGCAGGAGUGGCAAUAAAUCCAACAAUUGCUACACCAGGAUUAGCAGAUUCGGCACAUGCCUCAUCUCGUAUUAUCAAGAAAUAUUUAACAUUCACAGCUUUAAUGGGUGCUAUAAUGGGUGCCGCAUUUUUAGAAAUCAUGUUUAUAGCUAUUGAUCAACUUAUAUAUUUAUUUGAUACGAUAAAAAGAUUCAAUAUUAAUGAUGAUAGUGACAAAGUCUUAUUUGAAGACGUUAUAAAAAUAUAUGUUAAAAUGGAUAUUGACGCAAUGUGCGCUGCACAAAUAUUUCAGAAUUUAUGUAUACGACAAAACAUAAUGUUUAUUGAUAUUAAACCUGUUAGAACAUUAGAUGAUCUUGACGAAUCAGAUAGAAGACCAUCAUAUGAAUUAAAAUCAUUACAAGCAAUUAUAUUAUUUGGAUUUGGAUCAGAUAUAGAUCUUGCUAGUUUUUUUGAUUUAUCUGAAAACUUAAAUGUUAAUAUUUAUGUACUUGACAGUCAAAGUACGCUUGAUUUAAGUAAUUGUAGUGGAUCCGAGAAUAUAUAUAUUGUAUUAGAUCUCGAGUCAUCAGAAAUUAAAGCAGCAAUGGACAUGUUCAAAAAAGGAAAAUUUAGAAGAAAAGAAAUUGUCUCAACCUCAUUACAAGCCUAUUUCCUAGCAGUUCAAUCUGGAAUGAAAGAUAGUGAUUUAUUAUGGCUUGCAAUUAUAGGCCACACAAGCUUAUUAAUAGCAAAAAGAAUUUCAAUGGAUCAAUAUAGUAAAUAUAUUACAAUUAUAGAUGCAGAAGUUCGAGAAUUCAAUCAAACAACAUCCAAGAAACGAUGGGCAAGACAUAGAGCAAAAGCACGAUAUCCUGAUCAAAAAAAUAUUGAAACCCUCACAUAUAAUUGUGUAUUAGUUGGACAUUGGAAUUUAUAUGAUAGCAUUAUGAAUUCAGAAAAUACAUUUUUUCGUAUGAAACUUAAAAAUAGACAAGGCGAAAAUCUAGAUAACCUUUUGAGAAAUCUCGGAAUAUCGCAAAUAAAAUCAAAAGAAUUUUUUUUAGAGAUGGAUUUCGAGACAGCAGAUAAUUUAUCAAAGAACAUAUCAGAAGAAGGACCCAAGUUAGGAUUCAAUGAACCAAUAUACGCACAAUAUGUAAAAUAUUAUGGAUAUAAAGAACCAUCAUUUAGUGCCAGCGAUAUGGUUUAUGCUUUACAAACACUCUUAUGGAUAAAAAGAUCAAAAAUCAACGAAUUUAAUAUUGGAGAAAUUGAUUUUUUUGAUGUUUUUAAAGAUACGAAUAAUCCAUGGUGGGAUAACUUUCAUACUGUGCUUGAUACGAUUGAAUGCGAUGAUGAAAAUCAAUUUGUUAAAAUAGUGAUAAAGCUACUAAAGGAUUCGGACGAAAAUUUAAAAUUAAGUAAACUCGAUAAGUCAAUCGAACUUUUACAAUUAGCAACAAAAUUUGGUUCUGUAAAUGCCGCAGCGAGAUUAGCUUAUUAUUUUCUUGCCUUGAAAUUCAUUAACAAUAUACCCUCAUCUUCUUGGGACUUGCAAACGUUGUUGGAAUUGAUGGUAGGGAUAACAUUUUUAUAUGAAAAUUAUUUGUCGUAUCAAAAGGACCGAGGACUUUGGAAUUAUGGCAUCAAAGCAAUCACCCAAAUAGAUCUUACUCUGAACGAUGCCAAAUUUUCCAAGUUUUUAUUUCACCAAGACAACGAAAUACGAAAGGCCAUACGUAUCAAUAUACUGUUUUGUAUAGCAUUAUCACACGAACUGGACGAAAAUUAUCGUUCGGCAUUGAAAACUUAUAAAGAAAUCGAAAUAAUAGGUAAAUGCGGCGACAACUUGACCGGGAAAUUGAUCAAAAGAGCUCGUACAAAUUAUCGUUUGUUGGAGAAAAAGGUUCCUAUCAUAGAUCCGGUUUGUUGCGAAUGUGAUUAUAGUGCUAAUGAUUUCAAAGAAAUAUGGAAGUUAUUAGUGUGCCCAAAAUGUGUAAAAGUGGCAUGUUGCUCUAGAAAAUGUUUAAACAAUCAUAUCGAAAAAAUUCAUAAAUCAUAA